AUGGCCGAAGCGCCACCUUCAGAGAUAUCGCCAGAAAUCUUCGAGGCGAUGUGUAAAUACAAUGAAGAACUGAAUGAUGCGGGCGUCUUACUACAGGCGGAAGGCCUCCGACCGACCUCAGUUGACAGCUAUCGGCUUAAAUACUCAACUGACAAUGUCCCGGAAGUGGUUCCAGGGCCAUUCAACGUCACUACCGAAACUCACAUCUGUGACUGGUGGAUUGUACGGACCAGGAACGCAGAUGAGGCUCUUGAUUGGGCAAAGAAAAUCCCAAUGCAAUCCGGAGAGAUCGUGGUACGACGAAUUGGAUGUAUGGAGGAAUUGGGUGAAGGUUACACAAGGGAUCUGCAAAGGAGGGAGGCCAAAUUGAGGCUUGACACGGCAAAGAGGGUCAUGGAACUUGCUGAGAAGAAACAACUCGAUUGA